AUGACCAACCUCCCGUCUCAUCACACUGCCAUUGUUGGCUCUGAAGAUGGCUCACUCAAAGUGGCAGAACAAGUCUCCCUACCCCGUCUAGAGGAUGACAUGAUACUCGUUCGCAACACUGCCGUGGCACUCAAUCCGAUAGACGGCAAAAUGGUUGGGAAUCUAGCUAGUGAGGGUGCUGUAGCUGGUAUGGACUAUGUUGGAACUGUGGUCGGCAUGGGUCCCAAAGUCAAGACAGCAUCAGAAAUUCAACUAGGUGAUCGAGUUUGUGGUGCUGUUCAGGGUAUGCAUUCGUUGACUCCUAGCGUUGGCGCGUUCGCCCAGUUCGUCGGUGCUACAGACGUUGUCACUCUGAAGGUACCGCCUUCGAUGACCGUGGCAGACGCAGCAACCCUGGGCAGUGGAGUUGGAACCAUCGGCCUUGCCUUGUUUCGUUCUUUAGCGGUACCGGGGUAUCCAGAAGCCCCUGCGGCCGAACAGAUCCCUGUCCUGGUUUAUGGGGGUAGCACUGCGACUGGUACUUUGGCCAUCCAGUUGCUGAAGCCGUCCGGGUUGAUCCCAAUCGCCACAUGCUCGCCACAUAACUUUGACCUUGUCAAAUCCUUUGGUGCUGAAGCCGUGUUUGACUACCGUCGCCCUGAAACCCCAGAGGAAGUUCGGAAAUUCACACGUAACUCACUCAAAUACGUGUUAGACUGUAUCUCAGAGCCUGAGACAAUGCAGUUCUGCUACAAAUGUAUCGGAAGAGCUGGAGGAAAAUACACCGCUCUUGAACCCUUUCCGCAGUUUCUGCAUACACGACCAACAAUUCAACCUGACUGGGUUUUAGGCCCUACGCUUCUGGGCAAACCAAUCGGUUGGGGCCCUCCAUUCGAAAGGGAAGGGAAUCCAGAAGUUCGAGAAUUUGCUAUUAAAUGGUUUGCAACUGCGCAACAUUUACUGGACCAAGGGAAGCUAAAGACGCAUCCAGUUAAACUUAUGGAAGGCGGUUUCGAGGGGAUAUUGAGUGGUCUCGAAAUGCUCAGAAAGAAGCAGGUUUCUGGUCAGAAGCUGGUAUACAUGAUCCCGCAAGUAGAAGAACAAGUGAUCUAG